AUGGUGGCGGCAUCGACGACCGAAUGUGGCGAGUGCUCAGCUGCGGCCAAGUACACGUGUCCCGCGUGCGGCGUGCGCACCUGCUCGCUCGCCUGCACCAAGGCUCACAAGACCGACGCCGCCAAGCAUCCCUGCCGUUCGGCCGCAGCCACUCAUGCCAACGGCCCGAGCACAAGCUCUUGCAACAAAAAUGAUACGAGCACGCCUGGAGGAUACGUGUCCAUGUCCGAGUACGGCGAGACGCACAUGAUGCAGGACUACCUCUUUCUCUCAUCCAUUUCACGCACAACCGCCGAAGCGGGGCGCCGGAUCGUCGACAUGAAGCUCCUACCACCCUCCGCCGCCGCUGCUGGUGGGGGAAACGAUCCAAGGGCCGCUGCGGGACCGAUGCAGCAGAGGGGGAUGACGAAUGCGCAGCGCCAGCGCGAGCAGCUGCUCAAGCAACUGCACUACCGCCGACUGCGCGUCAUGGUGCUGCCGGACGGCAUGGCGCGUCGCAAACGCAACCAGUCGGGCUUCAACCCCAAGUCGAAGCGCUUCGAACUCAGCGUGCUGCUGCGCCUUCCUCUUCAUCUCGACGCGCAUGCCAAGGGCAAGGCGAAAUCCGCCCCGCACGAUCCUGCGCAGGACAGCAACGACGAGAGGGACAGCGACGGGUGGAUGGUGCAUCGACAGGACGCCGAGCGCAACGUGGCCGACGUUGUGCUGGCCGAACUCGAACGCCGCUCGUUCACAUCCCGCAAGGAGAUGCUCAAGGCGAAGGACGCGCUCGGUGUUGCGCACAAGUCGUGGCUCGUGGCGGCAGCAGUGUUGGAGACGGCGGGGUUGGUGGUGGCGCCAGCACGGCGGUGUGCAUGGGCGGAUCAGCAGUGGAUGGCGUUGGACGUGUGGCCGAGCGAGUGGGUCGUGCAUGUACCCGCCUACUCUGCACGGCUGACCAACGAGAGCACCACGCGCUAUCUCGACUGGUGGACACGCAAGCGGCGCUGGGAGGAGGCCAAUCCGGAGCUCGCCGCCGAGCAGAAGCUCCAAGCAUCUCGACCGCGCCACGACAGCCCACCGUCCGCACCGCAGCCGGAACGGUCGGAGCCACAGGUGGAGGAGAUGCCGAUGGGGGAGGGGAUUGUGUCCGAUAGCUUGCUCUCGAUGCUCUCGCAGCGGUUGGGACGUGCGCCUCCCGAGACCGCGCCAGCCGCACCUGGGCACGCGCCAGAAGCGGAGCCAAAGCAAGAAGACGAGGCGGCACAAGCCAUCACGGCACGCAUGUACGCUCCGGAUACGAUGUCACUCACGGCGCUGCUCCAGCAGCUACCCGAGGGAUAUGCGGUGGUGGAGUUCCCUGAAUUGCGCAUCGUGCCCACGGCCCACCCCGCGCCAAACGCUGUAGACCUCACCCCCCGCCGGCAGCCAGGCACACGGCAGCACGCACAGCCACGCGCGACACCCGCGGUCGGAGCCAAACCACUAGGUGCACUGCUGGCGAGCUAUGAUUCGGACUCGGAUGAUGACGAUGAUGGCGAUACACCCGCGCUGCCAGGCGCAAAGACGCACGAGCUCGAGUCACAGGAUCCAGAGGGUGGCGCUUCGCUGGCGGCGCUCGCAUCGGUGCAUGGCUUUGUACGACCGACGUCGUGA